CGGCGCCACUUCAGGAUGAUCAAGUCAGUGCUGCCGCUGCUGUUCCUGACACUGUCAGGACUGCAAGCCGCCCCAAUUGGACCUCUAAGAGGUUUACCAAAGGCAUCAUCGGCCUUCGAGCUCUCAGAUGACUCGAACGCCAUCAACCAUCUUCCUGAUGGCUUCCAACAAGGGACCGAGCCCUCCAAGAGGUUCUUUGACAACGGACUAGUACGAGACCACAUCGAGGAGAUGAGCAGGAGGACGGCUUUCAUCCACAACCUUGUUGAAAAUGAUCCAGGAGACCUGGAGACUAAACUCUGGUUGGCAGAUGAAGUUCCCGUCGAUGUGCCAGCCCAAAAGAAUGGAGGGGGUUGGGUUCGAGUUGAGGAAGCUUCUUCGUCUCAACUCCCAGAUGGUUUCAGACAAGGAACCGAACCGUUCUUGUCGAUCCCAGAUGGUUUCAGACAGGGAACUGAACCGUUUAUGUCAAUCCCAGAUGGUUUCAGACAGGGAACUGAACCAUUCGCCUCUAUCCCAGACGGUUUUAGGCAGGGAACCGAACCAUUCAUGUCGAUCCCAGAUGGUUUCAGACAGGGAACUGAACCCUUUAUGUCGAUCCCAGAUGGUUUCAGACAGGGAACUGAACCCUUUAUGUCAAUCCCAGAUGGUUUCAGACAAGGAACUGAACCGUUCGCCUCUAUCCCAGACGGUUUUAGGCAGGGAACCGAACCAUUCAUGUCGAUCCCAGAUGGUUUCAGGCAGGGAACCGAACCGUUCAUGUCGAUCCCAGACGGUUUCAGGCAGGGAACCGAACCGUUCAUGUCGAUCCCAGACGGUUUCAGGCAGGGAACUGAACCGUUCAUGUCGAUCCCAGACGGUUUCAGGCAGGGAACAGAACCGUUCAUGUCGAUCCCAGACGGUUUCAGGCAGGGAACCGAACCGUUCAUGUCGAUCCCAGACGGUUUUAGACAAGGAACCGAACCGUUCAUGUCGAUUCCAGACAGUUUCAGACAGGGAACCGAACCGUUCCUCUCUAUCCCAAAAGGUUUCAGACAGGGGACAGAACCUACAAUUUUUAAUUCUAUGAGCUUCAAACAGGGAGCAGAGCCCUCCGUUUCUAUCCCAGACGGUUUUAGACAGGGAACAGAACCAUUCAUGCCAAUCCCGGAUGGUUUCAGACAAGGAACUGAACCUGUUAUUUUGACACCCCGAGGUUUCAGACAGGAAACCGAGCCAUCUAGGUCUCUUCCUAGAGGAUUUAGACAGGGAACAGAACCUACAAUUUUUAAUUCUAUGAGCUUCAAACAGGGAGCAGAGCCCUCCGUUUCUAUCCCAGACGGUUUUAGACAGGGAACAGAACCAUUCAUGCCAAUCCCGGAUGGUUUCAGACAAGGAACUGAACCUGUUAUUUUGACACUCCGAGGUUUCAGACAGGAAACCGAGCCAUCUAGGUCUCUUCCUAGAGGAUUUAGACAGGGAACAGAACCAUCUCUAAAUAUACCAGAAGGUUUAAGGCAGGGAACAGAACCAUUAGUUAAACACCCAGAAGAACAGGGCCGGUCCACUCCCAGCCUCCAAACAUGUCAAGGAGAGGUGAUCAACGGAAACUGCUACGAGUUCAACCCAACUCCACUCAAUUUCCAAGAAGCACAGGAUUUAUGCAAAGCUCGGAACACACACGCUGAGCUCGCAUCUGUGACAAGCGGGGACCUUCAUUCCCGCCUGGUUUCCAUGGUUACCAAGGGCGGCCAGAUCAGCCCACGGUUGACGUGGCUGGGGGCCGUGGUCAAGAACCAGCAGGCCUCCUGGGUAGACGGGUCGGAGUGGACUUAUAGUGACUGGAUGCCGGGUCAGCCUAACAUUCACACCAGCAAGCCAGUCUGUGUGGAAAUGUUCAAAAUAGAUGAAAGUUGGUGGACGGCCGUGGACUGUGACCUGAAGCGAGCGUCCAUCUGCUCGUAUCCGGCGGCGGCGUGAACCCCUCCCCCCGGAUGUGUAAGAAGGAAUAAAACCAUACCUGCAUCGUG